AGUUAGAGCUAUGCUUUUAGCCGUGAUGGUACGGUAUGAUUCGCUUCGACACAGGCAUAGGGACAUCAGGUACAUACAGCAUUUGUAACGUUGCGCCAUACCUAUGGUAAUCAUCAAUAUCAUCUUUGCGUGCAUAGGCUGUUACUCGGAACUCUUCCCAUUCCGGGAUCCAGCUCGUUACAAUGGCUAUGAGCACAUUUUGGUCCAUUUCCGGCUCCACAUCUAGUUGUAGUUGCAUUGACCAGCGCCAUCUGUUGCGCCGUAUGGCACACAUGCAUGCAUCUGGAACCCACCUCUUGUCCUCGGUACAGCAUUUCCAGUGGAAUUGCCAUAUUGAUACCAAAAUAAGCCCAAAUGCCGAGAGUGUCUGUUUGCCGGAGGGCGUACAGAUCCUCUUACUGUCAGACAGCAGGAGUAGUUGCCAUACCUUGGUCGGCGAAUCAAACUCCUCUCUAGGUAGUAGCUCCUGGAGAGCUGUUUUCCAGACUGUCCUUUACUGGGCAGUUGACGAAACGAUGGUAGGCGUCUUCUUCCUCAGAUUUGCAUAACUUGCAUGAUGAU